UCGAUCGCCGAUUCAACACGGGAAAAAGAAUACCAAAUCAAACCACAUAACCCAAUUCGUUGGGAGCUAGCGAGCACGCCGGCUACGACUGCUCCCGAUCCUCGCCCUCAUCCUUCAACGCGACCGUUCGGAGGAUCGAAAGUGGAGAAGGGAGAAGAGUCGCCAUUUUUGAAGGCGUUUUUCAGCCGACAGUUGAGAUUCGAAAUCUCUUUCCUCUCCCAGCUGCCUCUUCACUUUUGUUUCUGGAUCUGUGAUUCCUGGGGCAACCUCCUCGAUUCUCAGUGGGAUCCUCUAUUGGUUGAUAGAACUUGCAGCCUUUAUUAUUUUGGAUUGUGGUCAGUCUUUGGAUAUACAGUAAAGUGAGUGUGGUUCACGUGAAGAGUCAACACAACUCUUGUUAUGAGAAGAACAAGAUGAAAAUAUCUCAUCCAUGGCACUUAGGCAAUGGGAAUGUGCAAACCAUGCCAAUGGUACGCCACAGACCAACUUCAAGAAGACCUCAUUGGAUCAUCAUCUUAGUAUGCAUGGUGUGUGUUGCCUUGAUUGGGGCUUAUGUCUAUCCUCCUCGCCGCUAUUCAGCUUGCUACUUCUUUGCUUCAAGUGUUUGUGGUCCUUUUAAGGAUUGGUUACCUCCUGUAGCCCGUGUGCUUACGGAUGAAGAGGUUGCUUCACAUGUUUUGAUCAAGGAAAUUCUCUCUAUGCCAACUGUUGAGCCUAAAAAUUCGAAAAUAGCCUUCAUGUUUUUGACUCCUGGUUCACUGCCCUUUGAGAAACUCUGGGAGAAGUUUUUUCUGGGUCACAAGGGAAGAUUCUCCAUCUAUGUACAUGCAUCACGAGAAAAACCAGUCCAUGUGAGUCCUAUAUUUGUGGGACGAGAUAUUCGAAGUGAAAAGGUUGUUUGGGGGAAGAUUUCUAUGGUUGAUGCGGAGAGACGACUUCUGACAAAUGCACUCCAAGACCCUGAUAAUCAACACUUUGUGUUGCUUUCUGACAGUUGUGUUCCUCUUCAUAACUUUGACUAUGUCUACAACUAUUUGAUGGCAACAAAUGUCAGUUUCAUCGACAGUUUCUGGGAUCCUGGGCCUCAUGGAAAUGCAAGGUAUACUGAGCAUAUGUUACCUGAGAUUGAAGUGAGAGACUUCAGAAAGGGUUCUCAGUGGUUCACAAUGAAGCGCCAACAUGCCUUAAUAGUACUGGCAGACAGUCUCUACUAUAAAAAAUUCAAGCUUUAUUGCAAGCCAGGUUUUGAUGGUCGUAACUGCUAUGCCGAUGAACAUUAUCUGCCAACUCUAUUCAAUAUGGUAGAUCCUACUGGGAUUGCCAAUUGGUCCGUGACACAUGUUGAUUGGUCUGAAGGAAAGUGGCACCCAAAAGCAUACCGAGCUCAGGAUGUAAGUUAUGAACGCCUGAAGAAUAUAACAUCAAUUGAUGAGAGUUUCCAUGUCACCAGCGAUGAGAAGAAAGUGGCGACUUUAAAACCUUGUAUGUGGAACGGAAUGAAGAGACCUUGCUAUUUGUUUGCAAGGAAAUUUUAUCCCGAAACUCUUGAUAAUCUGAUUCAAUUAUUCUCCAAUUACACUGCUAUAUGAUUUAUCAACUUGGAUGUCAUUCUUUGGUGUGGUGUCUGCCUCCUGACAUGAGGUUGUUGGAUCAUUCCUUCAUGAAAUCCACUCACAUUUUGCAACCAGAUGAAUGUUGGAGCAACUGGAAUGACCCGGAAGUAUGUUUAUGAUUAGGGUUAAGAGGUGGCUAUUUGAUGAUACACUGCACCCAGUUUUUAGUUAGAUAUCUUUUCUCUUUUAGUGUGUUCCCCCCUGUUUAUUCGAUCACUAAGCAGCAAAUUUUGUUAAUACAUUAAACAUUAUGUUUAAUUCUUUUGUAA